AUGUCUAAGUCGGAAUUUGUCGGGUCACGAUUUUUCAGAGGUGGAUCAGACAGUGAAUCAGAGGAGGAGGAUAUUAUUUCAUCGGAUGAAUUAUCAGACGAGGGUGAUAUUAGUGAAGAACCAGAGUCCGAAGAUGAAGUAGUAAAACCACAACAAUCAAAAUAUCUUAAAGAUGUCUCCUCAGAAGAUAGUGAUUCUGAAAUUGAUAAAAAGGAGCGGUUCAAGUCUGGCAGAGAUAAAAGGUUGGAAGCAAUUGAAACUUGUAUAAAAGCUAUCGAGAAUGCGCAAAAAAUUAAUGACUGGGUCGUGAUUCAAAAUGUUGAGAAAAAGAAGCCAGGAAAAGAUACUGGUGAUCUUGACUCACAAUCAGACGUAUUAUCCGAAGAUGGUGCUGGAGCAGAACAGUUUACUAAAGUAGGAAAGAGUAAAUCUAUAGAAUUUACAUCUGAUAACUUGUUCAAAAAGUUGAGAGAAAUAAUGGAAGCGAGGGGAAAAAAGAAUACUGACCGCUUGGAGCAAAUCAAAACUCUUCAAAAACUUUUGGAAGUUGCUGUAACACCGUAUCAACAAAUUCGCGUAUUGAUUGCUUUAAUACCUGCUCAGUUUGAUUAUAAUCCCAGCAUGAGCAAUUAUAUGAAUGUUGAUAUGUGGAAAAGCACCCAGAAAGAGAUUAACCAACUUUUAACAAUUCUUGAAACUAAUCCUCAAUUCAUGAUUCAUGAAUUUAUGGAGGAAGAUGUUGAUGAGAAAGAACCUGUGAUUGAGCCUGGUCAAAUAUUUGGUAUACGUGGUUCAAUUGUUUCUUUCAUUGAUCGUUUAGACGAUGAGUUCACAAAAUCAUUACAAAAUAUCGACCCACAUACUACGGAUUACGUGGAUAGAUUGAAAGAUGAGACAGACCUGUAUGACACUAUUAUAAGGGGUCAAAUCUAUUUUGAAAAGAAUGAAUUAAAUGAGAGUACAAGCAGGGUCGUUAUGAGAAGGUUGGAACAUCUGUAUUAUAAGCCCGAUCAAGUAAUACAAACAGUCGAAAACACAGUUCAACAGUUAUACCCGGCAGGUCUUACCUCAAAAAUAACCACACCUACGUCCAGCAGUGAUCCUUCAGAGUUAAUUCACGCACUUUGCGUUUACCUCUACAAGAAAGGCGAAUCUCUGCUACGUACACGUGCUAUGCUUUGUCACAUUUAUCAUCACGCAUUACACAACCGCUUUUAUGUUGCGCGAGACAUGCUCUUGAUGUCACAUUUGCAAGAUAAUAUUCAUCAAAGUGAUGUAGGAACUCAAAUUUUGCACAAUCGUACCAUGGUUCAAGUUGGCCUUUGUGCUUUCCGGGAAGGGAUGAUCAAAGAAGCCCAAAGUUGUUUACAAGAAAUUUGUGGAACAGGUCGUACGAAAGAAUUGUUGGCUCAGGGUUUACAAUUACAGAGAUAUUCACAACUCCCAGUAGAGCAAGAAAAACUAGAUCGUCAACGCCAAUUACCGUUCCAUAUGCAUAUUAAUUUAGAAUUAUUGGAGUGUGCUUAUUUGACAUGCUCUAUGCUUUUAGAAAUACCCAGCAUGGCGGCUGCAGGAUCAAAUCCCGAAGCACGUAAGAAGGUUAUUAGUAAACCUUUCAGAAGAAUGUUAGAUUACAAUGAAAGACAAGUCUUCAGCGGUCCCCCGGAAAAUACGCGGGAUCACAUUAUGGGCGCGGCUAAGGCACUUGCAGCAGGUGAAUGGAAAAGAUGUCAAGAACUUAUAAGUGCCAUAAAAAUUUGGGACUUAAUGCCAGAAACGCAAAAGAUAAAAGAAAUGUUGAAUAGAAAAAUUCAAGAAGAAGGCCUUCGCACAUAUUUAUUCACAUAUUCAUCAUAUUACGAAACGUUAGGGCUUGAGCAAUUAGCUACAAUGUUUUCUUUGCCUACGAAUGCAGUAACUGCCAUAAUUUCAAAAAUGAUUUGGAAUGAAGAAUUGGUCGCAUCACUAGAUCAAGUCGAUAGUGUUGUCGUAUUACACCGAGUUGAACCGACAAAGGUUCAGCAGUUCGCUUUAAUGUUUGCUGAAAAAGUAGCAUCAUUUGUAGAAGCAAAUGAAAAAACAUUAGAAUUGAAACAACAGGCCGGACAAAAUCAAAGAGAUCAACAAAGGCAAAAAGGGCAAGCCAAUCAACAACAGAAUAUUGAAAAACGAACGACCUAUCAAAAGAGAGACGGACAACAGCAACGGUCUCGAAAUAAUUUCAAUAAUGUUUUGGGUAAUAGUGUACGAGGAAGGACGCAACAAAAUCGAUAUAGGUCAUAA